AUGUUAGUCCCCGCCCUCCUGACAUUGCUCAUUGCGGGCGCCACCACUGGCAUGCCCGUCCAAGAGGACAUUUCCGGUACCAUCACCAUCACCAUCCGAUCUGAGGAGGCCCACAUUCCGGAGGACAUCUCUGGUACCAUCACAGUAACCUUCAGGGCUGAUGAAGUGCAGAGAAGUGAAGAGGAGAUCUCAGGUACCAUCACCAUCACCAUCAAGUCGCUAGAAGAAUGGAGCACCAAAUCCUUCCUUCCCGCGUCGUUCUCUAAGAGAGAUGGACAGGACAUUAGUGGUAGCAUCACCAUCAACAUCAGAUCUCAAGAAGAGCAGAAAAGAGAUAACAUGGAAGAUAUCUCUGGUACAGUCACCAUCACCAUCAAGUCAGAAGAAGCGUGGACCGACUACAUUGGACCAGCGCUCCAAAUCGCUCAGGCUGCUGCGUCUUUAAUUGGCAAGAGAGAAAUUUCUGAAGAAGCAUGGCUUGAAUUUAUUGGAUCAGCCCUUCAAUUCGCAACUGCUAAUGCUCCAUUACUUGGGAAAAAAGAUCUUACUGAAGAAGGAUGGACCGAUUUUAUUGGCCAAGCUCUCCAAAUUGCAACCAGUGUUGCGCCUUUUCUGCUUGGCAAGAAAGAACUAACGCAAGAAGCAUGGACCGACUACAUAGGACCAGCCCUUCAAGUUGCUCAAGUUAUUGCACCUCUUCUUAUUCAAAAUCAAAAGCGCAGAUACAUAGACGACAUCUUUAUACCACCCCUUGUAACUGGUCGAUAUAUUGGACCACUUCUCAUUGGAAAGAAAGAGCUCUCACAAGAAGCCUGGACUGACUACAUUACAACAGCCCUCGAAGUUGCUCAAAUUGUGACCCCACUGAUUGGUAAGAAAGAACUAUCCCAAGAAGGAUGGACUGAUAUCCUUGGAACGGUUCUUCAAGUUACAGGCAUUGUUGGACCUCUUCUGACUGGCAAUAAAAAAGAACUAACCCAAGAAGCAUGGUCUAACUACAUUGGAACUGCUCUCCAAAUUGCUCAAAUUGUAACCCCACUCAUUGGCAAAAAAGACCUUACCCAGGAUGCAUGGUUUGAUAACCUUCAAAUUGCUACAAUUAUUUCUUAAAAGGAACUUAAUAUCUCAACACAUAACUCUGCUCUCUACUCAAGAUACUUACACGUUAAAUCUUAACUUGUGUGUCAUAAAUAACUUUUUUCAAACUCUUAUUUAGAAAAGGCAGAAGUUUUAGUUUUUAAAACGGUUUGAACCAUGUCAAAAAUGUGCAUGAUAUGUACAAAAUAAUAAUGGCUUUUAAAGUAAUAAACUAAAAAGAA